GACUUUACCACUUCGUACAUCCAAAUGGAUAGCAGCAUAAUAUCGUCCCUGACCCGUGACGACUUCCUCUUCCGCUGAGAACCUCUGGAAAAAACAUUAUUGCCUUCACUUUUAACUUUGAUUAAACACUUUAACUGUACACUUCAGUCAUUUAAUUUAACAUCAACUAUUAUCUACUGGAGACACGGUCUCGUUGGAAGGACUCGUUCUGUUUUCAGCGGAUAGCCACCUUCACUGCGUUAGCAUCGUUAGCCUAGCAGCUAGCCGCCGCCGGUCUAGUCCUCAGUUUGAAUCCACCCGCCUGGAGGAGACACACAUCCCCCGGAGGAGACACGCCGCCUGGAGGAGACUCACGUUCCUGUCCUUAGAGAGAUGGACCUACAAGGGGGUUCUGAGCCCAUGUCCCUGGGCUCCCCCACGUCCCCCAAGGCCGGGCCUGGAGCCCAGUUCCUGCCUGGUUUCCUCAUGGGUGACCUGCCGGCUCCAGCCAGCCCCCAGCCUCGGUCCUUCAGUCUGUCUGCUCCAGGGUUGGAGCCCAGGACUCCGCUCCACUCCGCAGGCUCCACCCCUCAGCCCAUCCUUCACACUCCAAAGGACAAGAGUGGAGCACCGCCGGCCCGCAGUAUCUAUGACGACCUGACCGCCUCUGGGGCCACACCCAUCAACCUCUACAGACAGCCCUUUACAGGUUUCCAGUCCCCUAUGUCUGGACAUCAAGCUCCUGGCUCAGGGGUGUUAUCUCCAGCUCAGGUGGAUCCCUUCUACAGCCAGGGGGAGGCGCUGUCCUCUGAAGACCAGCUGGACCAGACGUGGGUCACUGUAUUCGGGUUUCCUCCUGCUUCUGCCUCCUACAUCCUGCUGCAGUUCUCCCAGUACGGCAACAUCCUUCACCACACGAUGUCUUCUCCGGGGAACUGGAUGCACCUCCAGUACCAGUCCAAGCUGCAGGCCAGGAAGGCACUGUCUAAGGAUGGCAAGGUGUUCGGAGACUGCAUAAUGGUGGGGGUUAAACCCUGCAUAGACAAGAGCGUGAUGGAGGGUUUGGACCGGGCCUCCACCACCAGCUCUGUGUGUACUCCCCAUCAGCUCCCCUCCACCCCUCUCCACCUCUCAUCCUCUCACAACCAUUCCGCCCUCCUCCCCUCCACUCCACGCUCCUCCAUGAGGCCGCUGAGUGCUGCCUACAAGGCUUCUAGUAGUGACUACCAGGUUGUGGCCGACAAACUGACACCCAGGAAAGAUGAUACCUUUGUGUCUAAAGCUAUGGAGUACAUGUUUGGCUGGUAGCUGUGUGUGUCCUUUUUUAAUCUGAUAUGGUUGCAAUAAAAUUGAGAAUUUGUUUGUUA